AUGUCUGUGUCUGAAGAGUUUAUGAGCUUGUUUGCGUAUAUGAUCUCGCGCUUGAGCUCAAACACUGUGAGUCCAGUCCCAUCGAACUUGAUGGUGGAAAUCAGAUCGUCUCGCUGGGACCUGAACUUUGUCGGCACGUCGUUGACAGACGCUCUGGACGCCUUGAUCGGAGACCAAAGAAUACAGCCCCAGCUCGCCAUGAAAAUUUUGGCAAACUUCGAUAGGGUCACCUCGGAUAACCUGAGAGACUCUGUGAAAUCAAAGCUCACAUUCAAGGGACAUUUACACACAUACAGAUUCUGCGAUGACGUGUGGACUUUUGUGAUCAAAGACGUCAACAUCAAGUUCGACGAUAAUGAAACAGUGAAUGUUGACAAGUUCAAGAUUGUCGCUUGUAACAGCAAGAAGGCCGGCGAGAUAUAG